AUGGCGGACUUCGAAAAGGCCAUCAACGAUGCCAUUGCUGCGGAGGAAAUUCCGGGCUGCGCUGUAUUAGCGACGAACCGCGACGGAACAUUCAAAUAUUCCAAAGCCUUCGGCAAAGUCUCCAUGAAACCCGAAAACAACAAGCCCAUGCAACUCGACACAGUCAUGUGGAUAGCAUCCUGCACCAAGCUCAUGACCUCCAUUUCCGCCAUGCAACUCGUAGAACGUGGCGUCAUCUCCCUCGACGACCCCGUCUACAAGCACAUUCCGGAGCUAGAAUCCCGCACAGUAAUCAAAGGCUUCACUGACGCCGGCGCGCCUAUUGAAGAAAAACACACAAAACCCAUCACCCUGCGGCACCUCCUUAGUCACUCCAGCGGCCUCGGAUACGAAUUCAUAAACCCGGUCAUCGAAGCCUGGCUCAAGUACCACAACCGCCCCUCGGCAAGUAGCGGGAGCGUCAGUGAACGCUUUUUCUACCCGCUCACCUUCGAGCCCGGCGAGAGCUGGGCGUACGGUGUCGGCAUUGAUUAUGCGGGACUCCUCAUUGAGCGCGCAACCGGCCAGUCGCUCGAGGACUACAUGAAGGCGAAUCUAUGGGGACCCCUCGGCAUAAAAGACAUGACAUUUUUCCCAUCCAAGCGCCCGGAUUUGGCGGCGCGCAUGGCGGAUAUGACAGCGCGGGAUCCCGCGUCCGGGAAGCUUGUGGAUUUUGCGGCGCCGCUGCCGGUGCAUGAUAGCGAGGGCAAGGAGGUGACGAGUUGCUUUGGGGGUCAGGGUGUUUAUGCGUCCAUGGAGGAGUAUGCCAAGGUUUUGAAGGCGCUGCUGGAGGCGGAUCAGGGAGGUGAGGGCAAGAUUUUGAAGAAGGAGUCUGUGGAGGAGCUGUUUAAGGCGCAGUUGGGGGACAAGAGUAGGGAGGCGCUUAUGGCGGUGUUGGAGAAUAAGGAGGCGUUCAAUCCUAUGGGUGGUCUGCCGUUUGGCGUGCCCAAGGACCACACACUUGCUGGUAUUGUCCUGUUGGAUGAUGGUUCUAACGGCUACAAAGCCGGGACCGUGAUUUGGGGCGGGUACCCGAAUAUCAUCUGGUGGGUUGAUCGCAAGACAGGGCUUUGUGGUAUCUACGGUGGUCAAGUUGUUCCGCCGGGAGAUGUAAAGGUUGGUGGGCUGCAGCUCAAGUUUGAAGCGGCCAUGUAUGAGAGGUUGGCAAAAGAGAGGGCGUAAGGCUUCACUUGCGCGGUUAUCGCAUUCAUGAAGAUCGAAAAUACUACUACCAAGAACUUGAAAGUUGAACAAAAGCAUGAAUUAUCAUGUUCUAUUAAAGAAAACAUUGCAACGGUGUCAAGGCCCCGAG